AAUCACGCGGUUCAGUCGCCGGCCGCUUUCACUUCCUAGUUUGGGGGCGGUCACUUUGUUGAGUGCGCUAGUAAGAACGCCGGCUGGUUUUGUGACACUGUCGUGAAAGGAAGUGCAGUUGUCGUGUUUUGCGGCAUCUCGUGCCGCUUCUGUUCUCAGGGCGGCGAGCGGUUGAGGGAGUCAGGGGAGAAUGUUCGGGGGCGCCGAGGAGGAUGACGCGGACUUCCUGUCUCCGACAGGCGGAACCAGGUUGGCCUCCCUCUUUGAACUGGAUCAAACAGUUACAGGCACUGGAAAUGAAUUUUUCCAGUACACAGCACCCAAACAGCCCAAAAAGGGCCAACCAGCUACUGCUGCUGGUCUGGCAUCCCAGAAGUCACCUGUUUCCACACCCACUUCGGGACCACCAUCUGUCUUCAUUGCUACAGCUGUUCAUGCAUAUCGGUUUUCCAAUGGGCAAUACGUGAAACAAGGCAAAUACGGAGCAGCUGUAGUAGGGAGUCACUCAACCAAAGAGUACAGGAUCCUUCUUUAUAUCAAUCAGCAACAGCAAGUCACAGCAGCCAGGAUCCAUUCAGGGUUUGUGUUCACGGUCCAACCCAACAACUACAGUACAUUUUAUGAUGAUCAAAGACAGAAUUGGUCUAUCAUGUUUGAGUCGGAAAAGGCUGCCAUGGACUUCAAUAAGCAGCUGUGCAUUGCCAAGUAUAACAGUAUUACUUCCCCUGAUUUGGUGCUGCAUCAAGAUCUGAUUGUUGGAGAAGGCCAAGGUGUGGAAAUAGGAGACUCCCUGGAGGUGGCUUUUACAGGCUGGCUGUUCCAGAACUGUGGACUAGGACAGGUGUUUGACUCAAAUGUUAACAAAGACAAGUUCCUGCGUCUGAAGUUGGGCUCUGGCAAAAUCAUAAAGGGCUGGGAAGAAGGCAUGACUGGCAUGAAGAAAGGAGGAAAGCGCUUUCUUGUUAUUCCACCAGCACUGGCUUAUGGGUCGCAGGGAGUAGCCAAUUGCAUUCCUCCAGACUCAACCCUGGCCUUUGAGGUGGAUGUCAAGCGGGUGAGGCUUGUGAAGGACUCAGGCUCCAACGGACAGAAUCUAGGCCCCAGAGAUUCUCUUGUGCCUUCCCCUGGGCCAAACCAGGAAAACGUCCUCACGGAUCCAGCAGGAUUGCCUCCCUCAACACUACCUCCAAAACCAGGGGAGCCUGCUGUGCGGGCGAAAUUCAACUCCAUCAGUGAGCACCUACCGAAUCCUGAUGUUGCGAAAGCAAAGCUGAUUUCACGGAUGGCGAAGAUGGGGCAGCCCAUGCUGCCAUUCCUUGCAGGCACAGCUCCCGCUCAGCUUGACUUGAGUGAUUCGGAGAUGGAGGACCCAAAUUCCUUGCGAGGAGCAGCAGCAGCCCAGCCAGCAGCAUCUUCCCCCUUGAAGCCAUCCCCUCAGACAACCCUAUCUCAGAUGACUGCACAUGUGCCUCAGCCCAGUGUUUCAGGGGUACAGAUGUCCUCUGGUGCCAUAAUGCCUGCAGCCCUUCAGUCACCUUCAGUUGUUCCUGGAACAGCUCAGGCUUUUCAGCCGUAUGCAGGGGUGACAUAUGCUUACCCACAAGCCAGUCCAGCAACUUCUCAGCUCCAACCUGUUGGGCCAAUGUACCCCUCUCCUUUUCAAGUUGGUGCAGCUGGAGACAUUGGUUCAUUCCUGAUCACAGAGGCCAGGCAGCAAAACACAGAAAUCCGCCUAGCUGUAGGCAAAAUGGUCGAUAAAAUAGAUCACCUGUCAGACAAGGUGAAUGAGCUGCAGAAGCAGAACUCCAGCCACAGUUUACUAUCAAGCAACUCCUCUGUUACCAUGGAAACAGCUAUGAUCAUGAGCAACAUCCAGCGCAUCAUCCAAGAGAAUGAGAGGCUGAAGCAAGAAAUAUUUGAGAAGAGCAGCCGCAUUGAGGAGCAGAAUGAGAAGAUCAGCGAGCUGAUUGAUCGCAACCAGAGGUACGUUGAGCAGAACAACCUCUUGAUGGAGAAGAGGAACACCUCGCUGCAGAUGAACAAUGAGCACACGCAGGCAAGAGUCUUGCAUGCUGAGCAGGAGAAGCACAUGCUGCCACUGGAACAGGGCUGGGACCAGGUCAAGGUUGCUGAGGAGCUGGCGGCUGCCACGGCUCAGAUCUCCCGGCUUCAGCUGGAGCUAACCAGUCACCAGAAGAAGGAGAUGGAUUUGCGCUCCCAGUUGAACACUGCCCUGAAGGAGGCAGAGAGACAUGGCACACAGCUCAACCAGCUGCAGGCCCAGCUGGCGGAACUUCAGCAAUCAUCUGAGGAUACCCGGAACAAAUUCCAAGUUGAGAAGCAAAGCCGCAGGCAACUGGAUGUCAAGACAGCAGCCCUGGAAGAAGAGCUGUGUGACCUCCGUGUGGAAAAGGAGAAUCUGGAGAAGAAUCUGGCUGAGAGGAAGAAGAAAUCCCUCUUGGAGAGAGGACAAGCGGAAGAAGAAAUGGAUGAGCUUCGCAGAUCCUACCAGGAAGAGCUGGACAAACUCCGGCAGCUGCUGAAGAAGGCUCGUACAUCAACUGACCAGGCAGCUUCUGAGCAGCUUUCUCUUAUGCAGGUAGAGCUGGAAUCCCAAUGGGAAGCCAAAUGCGAGCGUAUGCUGAGCUCUGCCAAGGAGCAACAUGCCCGCCAGUACCAGGAAGUGUGUGAACAGAGAGAUGCCCAGCAGCAGAAAGUGUCCCAGCUGGAAGAGAAAUUAUUGCAGCUCAAAACCACCAAGGGUUCAGAGGACGAGAAGCUCUCUGUCUUGCAAGAGCAGCUGGAACAGCUCGAGCCUGUGAAAAGCAAGUACUUAGCUUUACAGUCCCAAGUAGCUGCUCUCAAGGCACACUAUGAGGAGCGGAUCCAGGACCUUGAAAAGCAUCAUGGGAGACCUUCAUCUGUGGACUCCACUGAAGAGGUGAAGAAGAUCAUGAACCAGGUGUUUCAGUCUCUGCGGGGUCAGUUUGAGCUGGAGGAGCCCUAUACUGGCAGAGAAGUCUUGGGCAUCGUUAUGAACACCAUCAAGACAGUAACCCUGCAGCUGCUGGAGAGGCAUGAGGAUAGGGAAGAGAGCAGCAGCGAAGACGACGCCCCAGGCUCUGCGGAGGAGAAAAGAGCAAGUCCUGUGGACCCAGAGGAGGAUCCCAGAAGCUCUUCUCCACUCAAACCACCACUUUCAGUGCCUUCAGUUCCCCCCGACCCUCCAAAGGAAGCAUUAGCCCAUCUUCCUUCUGCCUCUCCUGAAGGAGGCGAGGGCAACCUGGCAAUUGCCAUGUCUGAGGCACAGGCCUUAGAAUCACAUACAGAACAAACCUCCUCAGCCUUUAAUAAGACCGCAAAGCCUGAUACAAAGCUGGAAGUCCUGGCCAGCGAGGAAGAGGGACACUCUGGUUGCUCUGAACAAGUGGACGCAAGUGCUGAGAAUGAAAUCUGCUCAGUCAACUCAACACUCGCUGCAGCAGGAGCAUCAGAGCCUUCUGAGCCAACAGCGGAGGAGGCAGAGCACAAGAUGACAGAAUCCACACUGGAUCCAGACAGAGGAGAGACUUGCCUGGAUGUUCCAAACCAGAAUGCUGAAAUUGCUCCUGUGGCCAAAGAACACAGCUCAGCAGAAACUCAGCAAGGAGAAACACCCAAACCUUCUCAAGUAGAUUCUGGUCUCCAUGAAGAUCAGGGCAGUACAUCUAAAGGUGUAACUCACAAGUCCCAUAUGUCAGGAGGGCAACAGGAAGAGGACGAGGACGAAGAAUUGAGCAUGAAGGGCCGACCGCCUCCAACUCCUCUCUUUGGGGAUGACGAUGACGACGAUGACCUGGAUUGGCUUGGGUGAACAACACGGCAAGACUUAGGGUGGGUGCAAGUUGAUUGAGCGGCCAUGGCCUGAAAUGGAUGGAACUGUUGUAGUGGAGCUGCCUGGAUUGCUUAUUCAGGGCAGGGCAGCCCCUGUAAGUUGCUGACCAUUAUUUGCAGGGUGGGGGGUUAAAGACCUUGUCCUCGUGUCCUGACUUCUGUGAACCUGGACCGAUUCAAGAAGUCAGCCUCUCUCUUUCUUGCAUGCACAUAUCUGUCCUACUAAUCCUACUUAUGCAAACAAGGAGGUGGAGGAGGGGCCGGGGUUGUGCCCUCCCCAGCUGCAGGAUUCCAUCUCCAUGUGAACAUCAGCACAAAGGCUCAGAGGUGUUUAGCUUUUAUCCUCCAGCUCCCCAGCCUUUGGCUGGUUUUCAAAAGAAUCUGUCAUUCCAAACCCAUGCCUCUGCAUAUUUUGAUUGCAGGCACAUGUAGGUCGGCUAGAUAUUGGGGCAAUUCCCCGCAAUGCCUUGCUUGCACAUAGUGGUGGGUAGGGGUGAGCAAUGUAGUUAGCAUUUUGUUUUGCUUUCUGCCUGGUGCUGCAGGAGGGUCCAAUCCUUUGCCACUAGCAGUUCCUUAAGUGCCGACUCGUUGCUGGAAAUCUAAAUUGCUAGAGGCCUCUGAAAGGUGAGAAGCAGCAUGCAUGGUUGACUCUAUUAUCCUUUUCAUGGAUGAAGAGUAGUGACUGCUGUUCUCUUGACCCCUGGAGUAUUUCUAGUGACCUUUAAUCCUGUUCAAAUAGCCUGUCCCAUUAACCUGAAUGUGUGUGUUGGUGCGGGGGGGGGAGCAUCUUUGGCUUACCAGUAAACCAGAUGAAAUGUUAAACUAAUCUUGGCUAGCCUUUGGUUUUCAAGUUACUUUGCACAAAACAGGUUAUGUUGACCUCCAGUGUGAAACGACCUGUUUAAAGAAGAGAUUUCAAGUCGCUCCUUGUGUCUAUAAUUCCACAACCACCCAUAUGCGAACCUUAAAAAUACACACGUCUGGGACAGGGUCUUGAUUUUUUCCUUCCAUAUGGGACCAGCUGAUUAUCUUGUUCUUGAGGCACAGAGCAGCAUUCAAAAUGAACUGUUACACAUAGACUUUUUCGGGGUGCAUUGGAUAUUACUCUUGCCUCUUUGUGCCAUCAGGAGCUUCUGAAACAAGCUUGCAGAGCGAGCAUCCCAAACUCUUGUUGGACUGCCUGGAUACAAAGCGGAUCUCCCCAGUUACAAGUGUCUAAUCAUGUGAUCCUGUAAUCAUGCACACAACUCAUCUGUGGCCACACAGAACUAUUUUUGAAGCUGCAUCAACAGGAUAAUCAUGAUGUAUGUAUUGUCCUCUGGCACAUAAUGGUGUUUCGUUGUUGCUGUUAGUCGAUCAAGGCAGUCAACGUCCUUUAUUCAAAGGAGAAUGGAUAUUUAAAUGUUUCAUUCAACCUGGCGUACUAAGUCUGGUAUUUAAUUCCAAGAUUUGACUGCUGCUUUUCUCCCCUCCACCCCCAUCCCCUGACAAAGAUUUGAUUUGAUAGACUGUAUGGGUAAGCAGAGCACUUUGAAGGAAAUGAACGCUUUUGAAGCCAGGUUGCUUACAACAAGCCAGGCCCCAUGCUGUCUCCCCUCUUGUCACCGUUACGGAUGCUCUGUGUUGCCCUCUUCUCUUCAGGAGUAAGCGUGGAAUUGAGCAGCUUGGACAUGAAACUAACCGGCGCCACGGCUCUCCUUUUGUUUAGACCUUGGCAGAAUUAAAAUAUGAGCUCACUUCUUGAACAAUAAAAGUGCAAUUUAAACUGUC